AUGAGUUCAUGGUACGAGCCAAUUGAUACAACCAGAUUGGAACAACUAUGUGUUUCCAAAUCAGAAGGACCAGCCGAGGUUUCUCCAAGGAACCAUCCCUUGGUGAUGGGACCUAAUUUGAAGUUUAUUUCACUCGUUGAUAAUGUGUAUAAGAUCUCCAUUAUGAUGGUGACCUCUAUGCCAUCAUCUGAAGGGUCUCCCUUCACAUUGAAUUAUAAGGUGGGGACAAAUACUCUGUUGUUCAAUAAACAGCCUUCACCAGUCCCCUUUGAGUUGUACUAUCAGCAAAAGACUCCAUCAACGUCACCCCCAUCAUCUGAACCUUCCACAGACCUUUACUUUUAUAGAGUCGUAUUGGAGUUGACUCAAGACCCUCAGGAAGAAUUGGUAGUUGCUUACGAAAUCAAUCCUAUUGGCAAUGGCCAGAAGUUCCACUUUUUCAUUCCCUCUGCUGAAGCUAACUUCAACAUUGUCACCUUCUCUUGUAAUGGGUUCUCCUUGGCUACAGAUACGUACGAUUAUCCUGCGUCCAUGUGGUUAGAUGUCUUAAGAGAGCACAAUAGACAACAUUACCAUGUGAUGCUUGGAGGUGGUGACCAACUUUACGCUGACUCCAUCAAGUUAUUCUCUUCUGAGUUAAAGAGAUGGACUCAAUUAAGCAACGGCCAUAAUAAACGGCUGAUGCAAACCCUGGAAAAGUUGAAAAGUGAAUUGGAUGAUUAUUACACCAUCCAUUAUAUCAAUUGGUUUGGAUACGGUUGGUGGAAGGGGAAAUGCGAUGUUCCCACGGAACAACCGUUAUUCCCACUUCUGAUGGCCACAAUUCCUCUGGUUAAUAUCUAUGAUGACCACGAUAUCAUUGAUGGUUUUGGUUCAUAUCAUGAUCGGACUAUGAGUUCUCCUGUUUUUUUGGAAAUCGGUAAGGCUGCUUACAAAUACUACAUGUUAUUCCAGCAUCACAUCAAUCCUCACGAGAAGAUCCAUACUGAACUGAACCAUUGGAUCCUUGGUCCAAAACCUGGUCCUUAUAUCAAAGAACGGAACCACAGUACGUACACGAAAUUGGGGAAGAAUAUUGCACUUUUGGGUUUGGAUUGUCGUACUGAACGGAAGUUGAAUGAAAUUGUACUGCCUGAAGCCUAUCGAGCAGUUUUCAGUAGAUUGCAACAAGAAAUUGAUGGCUCCAAAGGUCAAAUCACCCAUUUAUUGGUUAUGGUGGGUGUGCCAAUGUUAUAUCCCAGAUUGGUUUGGCUUGAAUACUUGUUGAGUUCUGCGAUAUUGAAACCAGUUAGGAAAAUUGCUGAGAAGGGUGUUAUCAACAAAGGGUUGGUUAAUGAAUUUGAUGGUGGUGUUGAAGUUUUGGAUGACUUAAAUGAUCAUUGGUGUGCAAGACAUCACAAACAUGAACGGAAUAAAUUGAUCAGUGACUUACAUUCCUUUGCUGCUAAGAAUGGUGUUAGAAUCACGCUCCUUUCUGGUGAUGUUCAUUUGGCAGCUGUAGGAAGAUUGCGUUCUAAACUUCACCAUAAUCCAGGGUUUCAUUUGUUGCAUACUGAACGUACUCAACUGGAAAAUGAAAAAUCAAUUCAUUUCCCACAGAAUGAUCCAAGAUUAAUGUUUAAUGUUAUUUCCUCCGCCAUUACCAAUGCUCCACCUCCAGAUGCUAUGGCAACGUUGCUUAACAAGAGAUCAAAUGGUCAUCAUUUCAGUAAGUAUUGUGAUGAAGAUAUGGUACCUAUUUUUGACCAUAAUGCCAAGGGGAAAGCCCAACUGAGUAACCAACAGUUCUUGAACAGACGUAAUUGGGCCGAUUUGAUCAUGGCUCCACAAUCGAAGUAUAAGGAUCAUAUUAAUGAAGGUCUAGUUCGUGAACCUGGAUAUGUGGGAGAAACUCUGACUGCUUCAAAGCAAACAAGGGCCAAUGUUUACAGAGGUGACUCUCUGGACUCUUCUAUUAAUGAAGUUGAAGAACCAACAGCGAACGGUGCUGGGCCAGCUGAAGCAGAAGGUAAAUCUCCAGGUAAUCUUAAAGGCGCAACUCAAUCCGUUACAGGAGGUACUCCCCAUACCGCUGAUGAAGAUCCACACCAUUCAAAGUAUCCCCUUACACCAAGCACCUUGGUUACUACAAUUCAUGUGGAGAUUGAACCUAAGGACAUCCAUGCUAAAACUGCAGCCUAUGAAUUAUGGAUUCCUUCCUUAGAUGGCAAGUAUAAAUUAGACACUGCCAAGAUUAAGCAUUUGAGAUGA